AUGGAGCUGCAGCAGGCGUUCUUGGACGUGCUUAUCCCGCUUGCGCACGCGCUGCCGCCGUCGCCGAUCACGUCCACCAUUCAUCACAGGAAUCACUACACUCCGCUCGACUCUGCGCUCGGCUUUUCGGCGCCGCUGGCGUCCGCUAUUGCAGCGUACGUCGCGCAUGCGGUUGGGCAUCCCGAGACGGCGUUGCUUGCGCUUAGGAUACUGGGCGUGCUCAGCGCCAGCACGGUCUUCCCCGGACGCAAUCUGGCUGUACUAGCCGGGAGGAGCGUGGAGAGCGAGCGCGUUGUGGAAGGGUUUAGGACGUUGUUGGGUGUCGAAGCGAGGAUGAAGCCCGAGGAGGCGAUGGAGGUUGCCGAGCGACUUGUGGCGCUGGACGAGAGGGUGCUGAAUGUGUUGAAUAAACACGGGUUUGUGCAAGGGUUCGUAUAUGCGCUUAAGGAGGCGGAUGCGCGGUUGGUGGGCGUGUUGAAGCCCGAUCCUGAUGAUCUGAACGCGUUGUACGUGUUCGAGGCGCAGAUGGGGCUGCUCAUGCGCGCUGCGAGUACGAGGACGGGCGCGGAGAGGUUGCUCGAUGCGGGGUUGUUACCGACGCUCGCCGGGUGCGACUUUAUUGAUGCGCAGCCUGAGGCUGAUCAUGCGUUUAUCGACCGCGAUGCAUUCUCGCCCUCGGCAAUACAGCGCUACCAUCAACUGCUCCUGCCAACUCUUCAACUCCUCACGCAACUACACUCGACCCUCACGCCCCAUCAAACCAUGCACAGCACAAACAAUCCGCUUCCUAACCUCCCACGCCGACACGCUCUCCAUUCUCCUCAAAUCGCCGCCGUCUUCGCUCGCGGCGCUGAGCGAGCAGAAGCUUGUCGAUGGCAGAAGCAUACGGCCUUCGGAGGGCUGAACGCCGCCGUCGGGGCGCUCGCUGCUCGGGCGCUUGCGGGCGGUGUGGGAGAAAGUGUUGGGCCGAUGAGCGAUGCGGAGGUCGCGGACGAUGCGGUGUUGGCUCCCGGAUAUGCGCAGACGAGUAAGUUCGCGCUCGCGGUGCGUGACGCUGAGCAUGCGCUCGAGCGCGCGUUGUUGUACCUCGCCGCGGCGUCUGAUCCGGGCGAAGAUGCGCCGGGCGGGAUUACGCUCGUUGUAGCGCCCGUCGUUGGGCCCGCACGGUCGACCGAUUCGCGCGUCGUUGCGACGGUACCGACUAUGGGCGACCUCUUCGACGCCCUGGGAGCACUCUCAUCUGAGCUGCAUGAUACGCUGCGCAUCACACACAACUUGACUGCUAAGCUAUCCGCACGUUCCCAUCUGCGGAUCGAAGACUACAUUCCCAUUCUCCCUCCACCCCUGGCUUCUCUCGCUGCGAGUCAAAAUCCAAGCUGGCCAGACCAGGAAGCAGAGGGACUCGUCGAGGCAGUCGAGGUCGCGCUCUUGGUGGCGUGGACGCAUGCGAGCGUAUACGCUGCGGAGGACAUCGACUCAUCGUUUAUCAUCGCCCUACGACGGCCGAAAGAGCGCGCGGGCGUCCAACCGGGCUCUGCGGCUUUGGCACGGGCUCUGGACGGUGCGCCCAAGGGCGAGGCGUUCGUGAGAGAGUCCGCAAGAAGGGCUGCGAAUGCUCUGAGUAGGGUCGAAGGGCUGGAGCUUGGUGGUGAGGAAGGGUGGGAGGUGAGAGAGGCGUUUGUUGGGUUGAUGUGUGUUAGGGUCGCGGAGGUUCUUGGGCUGAGUAGGGAUACGAGCGGUGGUGAGGAGUAG